UGAAAUAGAAACCUUCUCCACUAAGCAUCAUGGUAUGAGUUCAUACAAACUGCACUCUCCACCAUUCCUCUAACCGUCCCUUCUCUUCUCGUAUCAAGCCACCACCACCGCGAACCAGAUCCGCCACCAUAAACGUCCGAUCACCACCGCGAGCUCAUGCACUACCGGCAGGGGAGGAAUUAACAGCGCAGCUGUAAAGCUAACAUUUCAUAUCCUCUACUUUACAAACUUCACUAGGACAAAAAAGGAACAAGUGCAGAAUUAACCAAUUGGAUUGAAUCAUGAAGCUCUCACUCUUUGGAAAACAAGAUUCGUCAAAACAACUUUCUUCCCAUACCAAUGCAGCAAACAAAACAUGUGGUAUAUGCUUUGAUGUGAAAACAGAUUCUGAUAUAUUCAAAAUAAGGUCCAAAGUUUUCCAAAGAAGAAAGUGCAAGCACCUCUUUUGUGUUGAUUGCAUAUGCAAGUACGUAGCUGUUCAAAUAAAUGAUAAUGCCUAUAAGGUGAUGUGUCCAAGUCAAAAUUGUUGUGUGAAAUUUAAGCCAAAACAUUUGCAACACAUUUUGCCAAAACAACUUAUUGCUAAAUGGGAGAAUUUGAUUUACAAGUCUUUGGCUCCGAUGGAGCCAAAGACUUACUGCCCUUAUCAGAAUUGUUCUGUUUUGUUGGUGAAAGAUAAUGACAUGAGUGGAGAUUUUGCCCACAGUUCUAAGUGCCCUUCGUGUCACAGAAACUUUUGUGCACGGUGCAAAGUUCCAUGGCAUGCAGGAACGAAUUGUCAGAAUUUCCAACAGUUGAAAAGGAAUGACAAGAAUGAUUUGGAUAACAAGUUUUUGGAGUUGGCCAGAAAAGCAAAGUGGCAAAGAUGUCCAAAUUGCUCUAUGUAUGUCAAGAAAAGUAGUGGAUGUAGUUACAUGAAAUGCAGGUGUGGAUGCAAAUUCUGCUACAGGUGUGGGAAGAAACGGCAAUUUGCACAUUCAUGCGGUAGAAGUUAGUUUCUUAUGCUACCGUUUUGAGCUUGCAGGGUCCAAAAUGUUCGUUCCCCAUAUUUGUCAGCCAUUUCUGGAUCGGCUGCUGAUAUAGCAGCUACUUCAAUAAGAAGAUCAAUUGAUUGGUUUCUCCUUGGCUGUAUGGUUUAUGAAUCUUUUAAUACAGUUUUUUUAUAAAAUAAAAAAUCGGAAUAUAGAUUAUUAGUUAAUUAUGCUGAUUAAAUAUACUCCUUUGUUAAUUGAUGCUAAGAAAAAUGCGUUUUUAUUUAAUGGGGAUUGAUCUUGGUUUGUUAAGACAAAUUCCUGUUGAAUUCUUGAUGUUAGAAUAGAACCAUCGUUUCAAUAUUUUUUGCGAUGAAAAUUUGUAAUAAUGUUUUCUGAUUUUGAAAUGGGUAAAAGACAUAGUUUGUUA